GUAUUCGUGGUACCUGUGACUUUUGUAACCUAAAAUUUGUUUAAAAGUAAGCCACUCAUACUCUAAUCCACAGUACCUGUGACUUUUGUAACCUAAAAUUUGUUUGAAAGGAAGCCACUCAGACUCUAAUCCACAGAAAUUCAUCAUACUUUGUUCAUGGAGCUCUACUUACCUUCCUUCCAAAUCCUCUUCACUACCUUCCUCUUUCUGUUUCUGUUGCUCAAAAUAUUGACUAAGAGAUCAAAAACCACAAGCUCAGAUUCAAAACUACCUCCACGACCAUGGAAGCUACCCAUAGCAGGAAACUUGCACCAACUGGUUGGCACUGUACCUCAUCAAGCAUUGAGAGAAUUAGCCAAGAAACAUGGACCUCUGAUGCACCUAAAGCUUGGACAACUUUCAACCGUAGUAGUUUCGUCUCCAGAGAUUGCCAAAGAGAUUAUGAAAACCCAUGAUGCUAUAUUUGCAUCUAGGCCAGAAAUUCUUGUUUCAAAGAUCAUGUCCUAUAAUUCUACCAGUAUCACCUUUUCCCCCUAUGGUGAGUACUGGAGACAACUUCGAAAAAUUUGUGUACAAGAGCUUCUGAGCACAGCACAGGUCCAAUCUUACCGACCCAUUAGAGAGGAAGAGCUAUCAAAUCUCAUUCAUUUCAUUGGUUCACAUGCUGGAUCUGCUAUUAAUCUUACUGAAAAGAUUCAUUCCACCGCAUAUAGCAUCACCUCGAAGGCUGCCUUUGGUAAGAAAUGCAAACAACAAGAAAAAUUUGUAUCGGUUGCGAUGGAAGUUACCAAAGCAGCUGGAGGUUUUGAUGUUGAAGAUCUGUUUCCUUCUGUAUAUUUGCUUCAUUUAUUCAGCGGAUUGAGGACUAAACUUGAGAGGCUGCAACAAGAGACUGACAGGAUAUUGGACGUCAUCAUCAAGGAACAUAAAGAGGCCAAGGCAACAAGAAAAGGUAGUGUUACUAAGGCAGAAGAAGAUAUUGUAGAUGUUCUUUUGAGGUUUCAUGAUCGUGGCGACGUUGAUGAGUUUUCGCUGACUUGUGAUAAUAUCAAAGCAGUACUCUUUGAUAUAUUUUCCGCAGGGAGUGAGACAUCAGCUACUGCUUUAGACUGGGCAAUGUCAGAAAUGAUAAAACAUCCAGAAGUGAUGAAGAAGGCGCAAGAGGAGGUUAGGGAAGUGUUUAAUAGAAAAGGCUCAGUUGAUGAAACAAGCAUUAAUGAGAUGAAAUAUUUGAAGUGUGUUUGUAAAGAGGUUUUCAGAUUACACCCUCCUGUUCCUCUGUUGCUUCCAAGAGAAUGCAGUGAAAGAUGCGAGAUUAAUGGCUAUGAAAUUCCUAUCAAAACCAAGGUGAUUAUAAAUGCAUAUGCAAUAGGAAGAGAUCCUAAAUAUUGAACUGACGCUGAUAGCUUCAAUCCAGAGAGGUUCAUUGAUAGCUCUGUGGAUUUCAAGGGUACAAAUUUUGAGUAUGUUCCAUUUGGUGCC